AUGGCUGACGGCGGCGGUACGCGCAAGUACUCGUGCAGGACAGCGUCGGAGACCCUAGAGUGGAUCCAUGCCAUAAUAAGCUUCCUCGAGCCUUACCGGUUUUUCUUAGAUGCCCAUGUCGUCAAUUUCUUCAAGGAUAGACUGUGGGAAGCAGUUGAUAAAGAGUGGAUGGAUUGCCUGCGGGGAGAGCCUGUGGAGAAACUUCUGCAAAUUCCUUCUGGUUUGGUGCAGUUAUUUGGAUCUAGGACCUUUUUGGAAUGUAAUGAGGUGAAAGCAUUGGUGAGUAUUGGUUGUUGUUAUAACUUACUAUCCGAAGAAGGCGUCAAAGAGGCUGAUAGUCGAUGUGGCUUUCCAGUGAGUACAGGUGCUAAAUCUGCAUGUUUACAACUAGGAAAAAGUGCCCGUGAUCUUGCCUGUCAGAGUGCAGAAAGAUGGAGAGGUUUGGGGGAAGCUGUUGGUCUCCACAACUUUGAGCUUCAUGUAUUUCGUGCUGCCUUUCAGAUGGUACUUCUUCGGAACUAUCCAGAAGUUAUAACUAGAAGCCCUUCAAUAGGUCGUCAAGGAAAGGCUUUGCGUCGCCAACAUCAUCGCAGGAUCCUGGAGUCUAAUGUAGAUAUUACGGAGUCUUUACCUCAGAAAAAUUGUUCAACAUCGGCUACGAAUUACUUGCUUAGAGAUCCAUCUCCAUGUCCACAGUCUUCAUAUGGAGAGUGUAGUGCUGUUGAUAGAUAUUCCAUGUUUGUAAAAUUCUGCAAAUCUGGAUUAGAUCGUCUUGGUCUCCAUGAUUCCCAGGAUAUUGAAUUUUCAAAGGAGUGGAAGGAAGCAGAAGCAUUUUCAGAACUUGUUGGACCUUAUUGGACACUUCGGGCUUCUUUAGGCCCUGUUUUGGAGACACUCUUGCUUCUUGACAGCGGGGGUGCGGCGGCGGCGGCGGCGGCCACCGUCGUGGCGGAGGAGCGGGCGCUGCAACAAAUCCCGGGGAGGUUGUUCUCGAAUGGGGCGAGCCGCAUCGCCAGCUUGUACACUCAGCAAGGCAAGAAAGGGACUAAUCAAGACGCCAUGAUCUUUUGGGAGAAUUUUCAUUCGGGUGUCAAUAAAAAUGCGACCUUUUGCGGGGUGUUCGAUGGUCACGGCCCCUACGGUCAUAUGGUGGCAAGGAAAGUUAGAGAUGCCCUCCCAAUUUUAUUACGUUCCCAGUGGGAAAGUAAGCUAGAAAAGGAAGUUACGAUUAAAGCAGUGGCGCACGAGAAUGGAAAUAUUGAAGGUAUGAAGCGAUUUGACGACUUUGUGGACGAGGAUGGUUGUGAAUCUUUGGAAGCUGAGGAACCCGAGAAGAUUCCCGAGAUGCAUAUGCCGCUAAAGAAGUCGAUAUUGAGAGCAUUCAGGCUAAUGGAUAAGGAAUUAAAAGCGCACCCCACAAUUGAUUGCUUUUGUAGUGGUACGACUGCCGUGACUCUAAUAAAGCAGGGCCAAGACCUCAUAAUUGGGAAUGUAGGUGACUCGAGAGCAGUACUGGCAACUCGUGAUAAAGACAAUGCUUUGGUGGCUGUACAGUUAACUGUCGACUUGAAACCUAAUCUUCCAAGGGAAGCUGCUAGGAUCCAGAAAUGUAAAGGAAGGGUUUUUGCAUUGCAAGACGAGCCAGAAGUGGCACGUGUGUGGCUUCCGAACAGCGAUUCCCCUGGCUUGGCCAUGGCUCGAGCAUUUGGGGACUUCUGUCUCAAGGAUUUUGGUUUGAUAUCCAUCCCGGAUGUUUAUCACCACCAUAUUACAGAGAAGGACGAAUUCGUAAUUCUCGCCACUGAUGGGGUCUGGGACGUACUAUCCAAUAAAGAAGCAGUCAACAUAGUGGCCUCUGCCCCGAGCCAGGGAACAGCCGCCCGGGCCCUCGUUGAAUGUGCCACCCGAGCAUGGCGGCUCAAGUACCCAACCUCAAAAACCGAUGAUUGUGCAGUUGUCUGUUUAUUCCUUGAGCACAUGCCCCUAGCAACACAAGAUGUCGAUCAGGAAGAAACGAAUGUUUUAGAAGAAGAAACCCGCACAGUUUCCUCAAAUGUGGAGAAUCAAAACGAAGUUGCAACCGAAAAAUCGAGUGAGAUAGUGCCAGUUGUCGAUGAGGAGAAGAAGAUUGACUCCAAGAGUAUCGGUCAAUCUAAGAGGAGCUUGGCCGAGUGCCUCUCGACUGCUGAGGAUGAGGAGUGGUCGGCCCUUGAAGGUAUAACGAGGGUUAAUAGCCUGCUUAGUCUCCCGAGGUUCUCGCCCUUUGAUAAAAGGUCCACCAGCUGGAGAAAAUGGAUUUGA